AUGUGCAGGACAAGGAAGGACACACAGGCCGGCGAACCCGGACCCAGGCCUGCCCCACUCGUGACCGGAAUCACAGAGGUCUGGUCCUCCUCCUCCUCCUUUGCCGCCGCCGCCGCCGCCGCCGCCUCGAGAAGCAGCAGCUUACCGGCCUCCUCCGGCACCGAUCGGACCGCCGGGUCCACCUCCAGCUACGCCUCUCUUGCCAGCCUCAAGGACUUUCUACCGGACAAGUACAAGCUCUACUCUUUCCAAGAGAUCUGCACGGCCACCAACAAUUUCCUCUCCAAGCGCCUCUCCUCCUCAUCCUCCAACAGCUGGCGCUGCACUCUCCGCGAGAGAGACGCCGUCGUCUUCCAGCGCCGAUUCCAGGGGGACCCUGCCGCGCUGCGCCACCGCCUCGCCGCUGCCUGCAAGAUCCACCACGCCAGUAUCGUCCGCCUCCUCGGAGCCUCCCUCGGCGGCGAACACAUCUUCCUCGUCUACGAGCACGUCAAUGGCUCUUCCCUCGCCGAUUGCCUCCGAAACCCUCGGAGCCCCGGUUACGCGCCCCUUUCUUCCUGGGUCCACCGAAUGCAGGCGGCCACGGACCUCGCGCAAGGUCUCGAGUACAUCCACCAUUACGCCACCGUGGGAGCGGGGGCGGCGCCGCUCGGCCCCGUCCACAACCUGUUGUCGAGCUCGAGCGUGAUCAUCUCCGAUCCCCAGCUCCGGGCCAAGAUAUGCCACUUUGGCGCCGUCCAGCUCGCCGGGGAGAUCUCCAGCUCGCACCAUUCCGACGAGGAGACCGAGGAGAAGGAGACCUCGCCGGAUCUGCCGACAUCUCGCCGCCGUGAGGUGAGAUUCGAGGGAAGGAGCGGGUACAUCUCUCCGGAGCUCCUAGGGGGGGGUCGCCCGUCCCAGAAAUCCGACGUCUUCGCCUUCGGCGUGGUGCUCCUGGAACUGCUCACCGGGGAGGAGCCCGUCAAGUACAGGUACAGCACGGAGACGAAGGAGUACGAUAGGGUUUCUCUCGUCGAGGCAGCGAGGGAAUUGGUGGGCUGCUCGGAGGAAGACGACCGGGGAGACGCCGGCGACGGCAAGGAUAAGGCGGCGGCUCUGGAGAGGCAGCAGAAGAUACUCCGGUGGGUCGACCGGCGGCUGGUGGGCUCUUUCCCGGAGGAGGCGGCGGAGAGGGCCGUGCGGGUGGCACUGGACUGCGUGAGGGCCGAGCCGGAGAGGCGACCGGGGAUGGAGCGGGUGGCUGGGAAGCUGUCGAGGCUGCUGCUACUAUCACGGACCUGGGCCGAUAAUGUUCUGGUCUCUGCUGACCUCACGAUUAAGGUUGCAGGUCAACAAUGA